AUGGCGAGGCCGGCGGCGGCGGGCCCUCCGGGUCGCGCGGAGCCGGGCCACCAUGACGCGCCGAUGCUGCUGCGCGUGCACGUGAUCGAGGCGCGGGGCCUGCCGGCGAUCUACCUCAACGGCUCCAGCGAUCCCUACGUGCGGCUGCAGCUGGGGCGUCGCCGCCCGCGGGCGACCACGGUGGUGAAGCGAAACCUCAGCCCCGUGUGGGACGAGGAGUUCGGGUUCCUCGUCGGCGACGUCGCCGAGGAGCUCGUCGUCUCCGUGCUCAACGAGGACCGCUUCCUCGGCGCCGAGUUCCUGGGGCGGGUGCGGCUGCCGCUCACCGCCAUCAUGGAGACGGACGACCUCUCGCUCGGCACCAGGUGGUACCAGCUCCAGCCCAGGAGCGGCGGCAAGUUCAGGAGGAAGAGGCGCGGUGAAAUUUGCCUGAGGGUAUACUUAUCAGUUAGGGCCACCCUUUGUGAGGACGCACAUCAAGCUCCACCACAACUUAUCGAUGAUAUAUCAUGCAGCUCACACAGGUCAAUUGCAACUACUGACUCGUCAUUAUCAGCUACCACUGGUAGUCUGGAUCUUUUAGCCUGUGGUAGCAUGGAUCAGGCAUCCCUCAGAAGUUUGGAUGGCUUGACCCAAAGCAUCAUGGAGCAGCAAGGCCCUAGAAGCACAGGGCCACCAUCCUGUGUCAGCACAGAGCAAUCCAUUCUUCUGGAGCCGGAAGAAGAUGACGGUAGUUCCAUUGCUGAUACAUCAUCAGUGGUGGAGGUCAUGUCUCGAUACUUCAGGAAAUCUGCUGAUGCUGCACAUUCUGCAGCAUCAGAUCUUGUGUCCACAGACCAGUUUCGAGAUGCACAAAUGCAUUCUGAGUCUCGUGAAAACGGAGAGAGCUGCAUGCUGUCCGAGGUCAGUCUUGAUGAACUACUGAAAACUAUGGAGUCCAAAGACCAAGCUUGUGAAAUGCCGGGAAACUUGCCUGGUGGUGUAUUAGUGGACCAAUCUUACAGUAUUGCACCAGCUGAACUGAAUUCAUUGUUGUUCUCUGCAAAUUCAGAUUUCUGGCCAGAAGUUGCUGAACUUCAAGGAACAAGUGGAUUUCACAUCGAGCCCUGGAAACAUGAGAACAAUGAGAAUUGUUUGAAAAGAACAUUAACUUACACAAAAGCUGCAAGCAAAUUAGUUAAGUCUGUUAAAGCUACUGAAGAUCAGAAAUACUUGAAGGCAGCUGGAAAUUCUUUUGCAGUUCUUUGUAGUGUUAGCACUCCUGAUGUUCCCUGUGGCAAUUGUUUCAAGGUGGAGAUAUUGUACCGUAUAAUACCUGGUCCCCAGUUCCCAUCUGAAGAACAAACCACACAACUUACUGUAAGUUGGCGUCUGAACUUUGUUCAGAGUACAAUGCUUAAAGGAAUGAUCGAGAAUGGGGCAAAACAAGGCCUUGCAGAAGGAUAUUCACAGUUCUCUGAAGUACUGUCCCGGAAAGUUAAAGUAGCUGAGCUUGAUGAUGCUAAUAACAAAGAUAAGAUUUUAGCUUCACUGCAGCCACAGAAAGAAUCAAACUGGAAGCUGGUUGCCCGCUUCCUUGGGAGCUUUGCAUUCAUAUUCUCUCUCAGUACAGCACUGUAUAUUAUUACACAUCUUCAUCUAGCCAGAACCAAUAUGGUGCACGGGGGACUUGAAUAUUUUGGUAUUGAUCUUCCAGAUUCCAUUGGAGAAGUUGUAUUUUGUAUCAUUCUGAUCAUUCAGGGGCAUAAUAUCAUCAAAGUAGGGCGACGUUUUUUGCAAGCCUGGAAACAACGAGGCAGUGACCAUGGAAUCAAAGCUCACGGAGAUGGUUGGUUAUUGACAAUUGCACUUAUUGAGGGAAGUGGUGUAGUAGGUGCAGGUACACCUGGCUUGCCUGAUCCUUAUGUAAUCUUUACCUGUAAUGGAAAGAGAAAAACUAGCUCUGUCAAAUACCAUACGUCUGAACCAAAAUGGAAUGAGAUAUUUGAAUUUGAUGCAAUGGAUGACCCUCCAGCAAGGUUGGACGUGGUUGUGCAUGAUUCAGAUGGUGCAAGCAAUGAAACUCCUAUUGGUCAAACAGAAGUCAACUUUGUGAAAAACAAUUUGUCAGAUUUGGGUGAUAUGUGGCUUCCUCUUGAUGGAAGGUUUCCCCAAGGGCACCAGCCAAAAUUGCAUCUGCGGAUCUUUUUGAAUAAUUCACAGGGAACUGAAGUUGUUUUGAAUUAUCUGGAAAAAAUGGGGAAAGAAGUUGGCAAGAAGAUGCACUUGCGCUCAGCUCAGACAAAUUCAGCAUUUCGUAAGCUCUUUAGUCUUCCUCCUGAAGAAUUCCUCAUUGAUGAUUUUACCUGCCAUCUAAAACGGAAAAUGCCACUUCAGGGGCGCCUCUUUCUUUCCCCAAGAAUAGCUGGAUUUUAUUCCAACAUAUUUGGCCGGAAAACAAAAUUUUUCUUUCUUUGGGAAGACAUCGAUGAUAUCCAGGUUGUUCCACCGAAACUUGCAACAGUUGGCAGUCCAUCCUUGAUGCUUAUCCUUCGCAAGGAUAGAGGUCUUGAAGCUAGGCAUGGAGCCAAAACAUUGGAUCCUCAAGGAAGACUAAAAUUCCAUUUCCAGACGUUUGUUUCAUUCAAUGAUGCUCACAGGAUUAUCAUGGCAAUAUGGAAAAUGCGGUCAUCCGGUCUGGAACAGAAAGGUGAGAUACUUGAUAAAGAAUCUGAACUCAAAGAGCUCCCCUGUGAAGAAGGUUCUCUAUUGGCCAAUGACGAUGUAAAAAUGUCAGAAGUCUACUCAGCAGUUCUUUCUGUUGGCAUCAGUGCUUUUAUGGAGAUGUUCUCUGGAGGUCCACUGGAACAUAAAGUGAUGGAGAGAGCCGGUUGUGUUGACUACUCAGCGACAGAAUGGGAACUGCUAAACCGUGACAUAUACCAAAGGCGUAUCAGCUUUAGGUUUGACAAAAGCUUGUCCAGAUAUGGUGGGGAAGCAACGACUACUCAACAAAAAUACAAGUUACCAAACCAAGAUGGCUGGGUCGUUGAGGAGGUGAUGACCCUCCAAGGCAUCCUGCAUGAAGACUACUCAAGUAUCCAGUUGAAGUACCACAUGACGAGCACGCCCUUGAAACCGAACACCUGCAGCCUGAAGGUGUUAUUAGGGAUUGCGUGGUUGAAGGGCGCUAAGCACCAGAAGAAGGCUGCAAAGAAUGUCAUGGCAAAUUCCGCCAACAGGUUGAGGGAGAUAUUUGCAGAAGUUGAGAAGGAGAUUGCAUCGAGAAAAGGCACAAGCUAGUACUGGCGUAACGCAAGCACUUACUGAUCCAGGUAGAUUAAAAGAUGACAGCAAUUAUCAGCUGGACACGAUCUCUGAUAGUUAGUCAGCGUCUCAGUUUGUUGCAGCUAUUGACCAAUAUAGCUGCCGACCCAGUUUUUACACAGAUGGUUGGCCUAUGUGAAAGGAGUGUUUGCACAGAUAGCUACAGACAUGUCUUUAUCAUACAUUUUAUUAAUUCAGUGUUUACCAUGUAGGAGUUCAAGCAGAAUUGUAUAUAUACAGUCAAAAUAUAUCACAAGAUAUUUCAUUGCA